ACAACAUUUUACAGUAAACAAAAACACAACCCGGCUUGUUAUUGCGACGGGAACCAAUAUGUCAACAGAAAUUAGGACACAUUUCAGAUUGAAGACUUUACUCUGAUCGUGUUAAGAUGGCUGACAACUACGGAACCUACCAAAUAAAGACACGUAGCAGGAAAAGUAUGGGUGAAAAGCAAGGUUCUCAAAAUGAUGACCAGAGUGAGGUUAAAACCGACCCAACUGUGAUGAAUGCCUUACAGGACAUUAAAUGUGGAGAAACCCAAGUCCACGACUACAAGCACAAUAUUCGGGUGUUCAAAUGGUCCCUCCAUAAAGUGAUCAUCAUUACGCACUUCAACAUUUUCUUGUAUUCCACAUGUUUUUGGAUACAGAUAGGAACAUUACCAUAUUUAUCAAAGAAGCUUGGAGUGAAUGCAGUGUGGUAUGGUUACCUGCAGACUACGUUCGCUGUGGUCCAGCUAGCAGGAGGCCCGUUAUUUGGAAGGUUCGGGGAUAUAUUUGGAAGUCGGGCUGCAAUGACUCUUGCUUUUGUCUCCGCCGCUUUGUCAUACCUGUUGUUGUCAAUGUCGUCAUCGGUGUCGCUGCUGUUCCUUUCAAGACUGCCUUCUGUGUUUAUGCAUGCGAUGCAAGGUGGGCAGAUGAUAGUCACUGAUAUCUGUGACUCGGGUAAGCGUGCUGAUGCCCUUGGGAAACUAGGAAUAUCCUACGGGGUCGGAAUGAUCAUCGGACCUGCGAUUGGUGGCAUAAUUACAACCAACUUUGGUGAGGCGACAGCAGCGUUCGUAGCAUUUCUAGGUUCAGUGCUCAGCAUAUUGUUGGUGUUGAUGUUUGUACCUCAUCAGACCAAGAAAACACAAGUUCACGAGAAAUCCAGCUCAGCUCUUCUGGAUCUGAAGAAAUGGCGGGAACUGAUUAUGGCCCCUGGUGCACUUUUUCUCCUCCUUUUGAAGAUGGCCACUGGAACACCAAUAGGAAUAUUUCAGAGCAUGUUCCAAGUUAUUGCUCUUGAGAUAUUUAGCCUUCCCGCUGACCAGAAUGGCUAUCUAAUGUCGUAUAUUGGAGUCCUAACAAUGGUGGUACAAGGCCUGGGUGUGGGAAUUCUGCUGAAGCAGAUGAGUGAGAACAGCAUAAUGAAGUGGUCCUCCUUCGUCCUCGUGUGGGCUUACUUGGCGCUGGCCGGUGUGGGAACCAUACCCCAGCUGUGUAUUGUCCUGGCUCCUCUUACUGUGGGGCUGGCCUCAACCAACAUUGUCGUCAGCAGCGCCCUCACUCGCACAGUUGACGACAAAGAUACAGGCUCUAUGCUUGGGCUGAACAUGGCCAGCAAUUCGUUAAUUCGAACUGUCUCUCCGACCGUUGGCGGGAUCAUGCUUCAGUCGUUAGGAUUUUCUUCUUUUGGAUUCCUUGGGUUUAUAUCGUCGGGCAUAGUUACAGUACUACUGUUUAUGAAGUUUAGGGGAUAGUUUUGAUAUCAUUUACAGAUUAUAGAUACAUAUAUUAGGAGCUAUAUUUUUAAUGUAAGUGAGUCUGGCCUAUUGGAAUUGUUGUCAAGCUGUCAUCCAAGAGAUGAGAUGGGUCAACCCCGUCCUAGUAAAAGUUUUCAAAAUGAACACCAGCACUUCUUUCUAUCAAGCAAUUUGGUUCAAAACUGGAUUCAAACAUUUGUUAAUGUUUCAGUCUACUAUUGCUGUCUUCUUGAUGGAGUCAAAAUAAAUUGGAAUAAUCUAAUAAGUAUACAGUUUACCAAGAGCUCAUCUAUGUAAUUACACAUGAAUGGGGCGAGUAAUAUAUUGAAUGAAUAUGAAUAUGCAUCUCAAAUAACAGUAUCUCAUUUUGUUAUUUUUGGAAGGGAUAUUUUAUUUAUUCUGUUAUGGUUCAUCAAAUGAAUCAAUUAAUGGAUUUUUAAUUACUUGUAUUACACAAUGGUUCUUUUUGGGUAUAUAUUUUAUGAAGGUUUUAUAGAAUGGUAAGAAGUUUAUAUCUGUUUCUUUUUAAAAAAUUAUCACUGUAAAUGGUGCGGUUAUGUUUUUGCUGUUUUGAAGGCAGCCUUAAUAAUUGAUCAUCGAAAAAACUUGGGUUUUAAAUUGGGCUGGUUAGGUGUUCUAGCCUCAUUUACAAUCUGGCUUGGUAAAGAGUUUUUUUCCGUGUCAUUUAUACAACAGUUUAUAUCCAAUCUUCAUAAAACUUGGUUAAAGUAUUUGUCAAAGCUAUAUUUAAAACCAGGGAGAAUAGUAGUCAUUUCUGCCCAAAACUAGGUCACUAGGUCAGAUAGUGUGACACAAUUUUGUGUUAAAAGUCUCUUAUUGCUUUCAUAAAUUCAGUAUUUAUCUAAUCUUCAAGAAACUUCGUCAGAAUGUUUCUUAAGAAGCUAUUUUGGACCAGUGUAAACAUUGAUCAUCUCCGGUCAAAUAGCUGGGUCAGACCUGUGUGGAUAUUUUCCUCUAUAAACAUGAUUACUGCGUUAAAAAUGAAAAAUUUAUCUUUAAUACAGUGUCAGCAUUGACCCAUAUGUAUUUAUUUGGAAAAAUUACUGUUAACAUUUACAAAUUAACGUUUCUGAUAGCAUUGAAAGUGAAUAAAUGCAUUUCUGUUGUAUUUAGAUCAAAAUAAAUAAUUAAAUGUGUUCUAAAUAAUUUAGAAUUCAGGCAUGUUCUAUUUAUACAUAUUUCCCUAGAAACCAACAUGGGUCCAAUAAGAAUAUUUUUUCAUUAUCAACUGAUAAUUUUUAGAACCUGUAUUGUAUUUUUCUAUCCUCACGCUUUCGUGUGAGCAGUCUACAACAGCUUUGCAAUUAUUCAUCACAUGAAAUUAUGAUACCAUCGUUUUCAUUAUCUAUGUCAAAACUUCAAAAGUACUUCAACAGUGAAUGCACAUUAUAAAGUGGUUUAAAACUACAUGUUCAGUUAUGUUAUCAGAAUUACAUACUUGUAUAAAGAAAAUAUUUGUUAUUUUAAUUUAUUUGUUUUCAUUGUGAUGACACAGUUAUGAUAUGCAUAAUGAAAUGUUAAAUAGUGGUAUAUUAGUUAUUUAGCACAUCUCUUAUUGGCUGAAUAAAUUAUAUAAAUAGA